AAUAAAAAAAAAAAAAUAAUUAUUAAGUCACACACACACAUUAAAUUUUUUUACGAUUAAAAAUUAAAUCUCGAAAAGAAAAUUCUAAACACGUAUCCUAUAUGUAGCCAAAAUAAGACUUAAAGAAUAAAAAAGAAAUUUAGACGUCCAAUUACAUCAACAACAACUAGUAACCCAUCAAUGUUUACAUUUACAACAACAACCCCGUUACCACAAUUAAUGACAUCUACUUAUGCAAAUUUAGCAAAAGCCCAAUAUAGAAUGCAACAACAAUCUUUAAAUGAACCAUCAAAAGUUGAUAUUUCUGAACCAUCAUUGGCAAGCCUUAAAAUGGAUCAUGAACAUGAUUUAGACAUUAAUGAUGAUAGUGAUGAUAUUGAUGAUGUUGAUACAAGUGAUGUUGGAAGUCAUAUUUAUGAUGAAUCAAAACAUAAUAAACAAUCAUCAUCAACAUCAGUUAUUCAUCAUCAUGGUGUACCAGAAACAAGAGAAUUACCAGUACAUAAUGAUGUUGAUGAACAUAAUAAUGAAGAAUCUGAACAUGAUAUAAUGCAUAUUCCAGAUAAUGAAGAAGAAACAGAAGAAGAAGAAAUGGAAGAAGGUGGUGGUGGUGAAGAAGAUGAUGCACGUCAUUUACAUAAUAAUCCAGCUGAAAAUGAAAAUAUAAAUGAUGAAAAACAACAACAUUUAGAUACAGUUCAAACUUCACAUUCUGAUGAUAAACAACAACAGCAACAACAACAACAACAACAACAAGUAUCAAGUACAGAUUCAGAAUUACCAUCAGUUGAACAACGUUUAAAACAAAUUUCACAAGAAAUUGAAAAAUUAGGUAGCAGUGAAGUUAAUAAUGAUAGCGAUUUAGGACGUCAAAGUUUUCUAUCACUUUCUGAUUUAUUGAGAACAUUACGUCCAAAUGAUAAAAAAAUACCACAAAUCGAUUCAGAUUAUUCGAAUACAAUGAGAGUUUUAGGUGAAAGUUCAUCGUUAGUUCGAAAACAAAAUUCAAAAAAAUAAAUGAGAAAAAUUUUUGAAAAGUUUUUUUUUUUUUUUAAUUAUUAGUUUUUAAAAAAUAUAAAAAAGAAAAAAGAAAAACGUUCGAAUAUACGAACGUAUGCGAUGAUCGUAAUAAAAAUAUUAUACGAUUUUUUGUAGAUGCUACAAAAUUUAUUUACACAAAUUACAAAAUAAUAUAAGAUUUUUUUUAUAAUAAUGAACACAUUUUAAAUAAAACUCACAAAAGGUUUAACGUAA